UUAUUUUUUUUUCCUUAGUUGCUAUUGUUAUCCAUUCAAUUAAUUACUCUAUUAAAAUCCUCACGCUAAGCAACCCAAUUUCCAAUCUUCUUCCUCUUUAAAAAUCAGAUUUAAACCCUUCAAGGAAAAAAAAACAAGCACCAACAUUAAUAUCAACUUCACAAACGCAAACACCAAUCCACCAAAAAAAGAAAGUUGAUACGUUAUCAAUUUGAAUCAAGAACCAAGAAUCAAGAAUCAAGAAUCGAAGAGGAAAAAAUGGAGGAUUCAGGGCGUAAAGGAGAUCCAUUUCCAGGAUUUGAGAUGAGUUGUCACAAGGACGAUUGCGUUUUCCGGCGAUCUCUUAGCUGCCGACUCCAGAGACGAGCUCCUUGUCCUCUCUUAUUACCACCAAGACCUCCUCUUUCUGCGGAAGCUCCUUCUGCGACCGGCGUUUCCGCGUCUGCGUCUGCGUUUUGUCAAAACGGCACAGAUCCGAUCCCUCUCUUGUCUCCUCUCGUUCUUCCUUCAAUGCUUCAACCUAAUCCCACAACCACCUCUCAUUGACUCUUUUUAAUCUCUUAGGUUUUUUUUUGUUUUGUUUUUCUGUAAUGACUAUUACCAAUGUUCUUCAACUCAUUGAUCUUUAUAAUUUUUUUUUUUUUUUGUCAA